UUGCAUGCUGGGAAAGCAAGUUUGUUGACGUUGAGGGAAAAUGGAAGGCGUGCAGCCGCCACCUCUGCGCAGCCUGGAUGAUUUUCUCCGGAGCUCAGCGAGGUUCGCGCUGCCUGACGUCCGAGACAUGGACCGCUGGAACCACCGCGUCAUCAACAACCUGCUUUACUACCAGAGCAACUACUUCCUGUCUGCGCUCGGCCUCCUGCUCUUAGUGGGGUAUUUCCAGCCCCUCCAGCUGUGUGUCGGCGCAGUGGUGGUCACCUUCAUGUUCCUUGGCUUCGUCUGGGCUGCUGAGAACCAAGUUACCAUCCGGCGUUUCCGCAGAAAGCACCCGUCCAUGUGUGUGCUGGUCGUCCUUCUGCUCAGUUACCUCUUCAUCAGCGUGCUGGGAGGCGUGGCUGUCUUCCUCUUUGGGAUUGCCUUCCCGACACUGAUGGUUCUGGUGCACGCAUCGAUGAGACUGCGCAACCUGAAGAACAAGCUGGAGAAUAAGCUGGAGAGCAUCGGUUUGAAGAGGACUCCCAUGGGACUCCUGUUAGAGGCUCUGGGACAGGAACAGGAAGCUGGGUCCUAGAGAGGAAGAAGAGGAGGAGGAGGAGGAGGAGGAGGAUGUGAUGGGUCCGAUCACAGGGAAAAGAAGACUAAUGAAGAAGUAGGAAAACAAAAAGACCAAAGGGUUAGGUUUGGCUAAUGAUUAGUAAGCAGUGAAGGAUGAGACGCCUCUGUCGACCACGAUGUUUGUAAAAGUAUUCCUGAUUCUUCUUUCCAAACCAUGGUGACAUGGUGAGUUCUUGCACUACAUAAGGACGUCUGCGGUGUGAUAGUGUUUGUGCUUCCUGUUCACUGUCAGGUCAUUUUGAGAUAUCACUCAUAACUAUUGCUGACCCUGUGUCACAGAGUUCAACCAGUGAUUCAUAAUAAUAAUAAUAAUAAUAAUAAUAACUAUUCAACAUUUUAAACAUUUCAGGAACAAAAAGCUGAUUUUCUUUACUUUUAUUAACUCUAAAAUGUGACAAACACUGAAAAGCAUUAUUAGCUGUGAAUCAGUGAUGAUGUCAUUUUAGCCAAUUUCCAUCAUUCCCACUUUAAAAUGUUUGGCUCGUUCAGGACGUUUCAUUGUUUCGUUCAGAUAAUAAUACUUUUUUUCUCCCAUAGGAAACGAAUGUCAAAUUAUUCUGGGAAGUUUGAUACGCACAUGUGUCCAGGAACAUAAAGUCUGACCGCACUAACAGAGCUCCUGACCGCGGAAAUGUUCCUUUUACUGUCAGAGCUCGAGACCGAGAGACAAACACUUUAGAUCAGUGAUUUUUCACGUUAUAUCAGUUUGACCUCGUCUGUGCAGCAGUUUGCUGCAGCUGUUUAAAGAAUGUGUCACAUGACCUCUCUCACACGUCAACAAGUGACUGAAUUGUUCUAAAGUGUAAACAUAUCACACAUCACUGCCAGUCUCUCUGCUGGCAGUGAAUGAACUCUCCAAAAACACACCAAUCAAAACACAGUUCUAUAGGAACACACAGUGUUUCCAUAUGUGUUCACAGGCACAGAAUAUCAUUUCCAUUUCUCCAGUGGAUGAAUUCUGUUGGCUGUCGAUCCCAAAACGUUUGAAUUAGUUUGUAAUGAUCGAUACUUCAUUCCCUCCUCAUUUAAACCCAGGUUUGAAUCACCAUUCACUCUGUGGUCAUGUGACUCGUCAACCACGACACUUUAUAGUCCAGUUGGUGGCACGUUAAGAAUAAAUGAUGAGAUUUUUUUUUGAGAUGAUGCCACUUUUGGAUGUCAGAUGACGUUUGCAUGUGCAGAACUGUAGACUGACAUGGACCAGAGUCACACGUUCACAGGGGCAAAUUCGUAAUUUGUAAAAUAAAUGGUAAACCUUUACAAAGCCUAAAGAGAAGGUGAGCAGUUAGGCUGAUCACUUAGCGUCCAUACUGAUCCUCCAUUAUAUUCUUCAUGUAGCUGUUAACUGUUAUAGUAGUGCAGUUGGCGUUAUAUAUUAAAAAUGUCCUACAGUGUCUUUAAUUCCAUUUGGUGAAACCCUGGCAGCACCUGGACACAAGAAAUAAGUUCUUUAACAAAAACAUUAAUGUUUUUUAUGUCAGUUAUAUGAUAUAACAUGUGGAUUUAAACUCACGACGUACCAUUGUUGCUGCUUCUGUUGUAAAGUCAAACAAUUAUAAUUAUUUUGUAAAUUCCACUAUGCCACUUGCAAACUUGCAAACAUGAGAACAUUCCCACAGAAGCUUUUUUCACCUUGUUGUUUGAAAUCAGACAUUUGGUGUGGGAUUCAAACUCUCACUAAACUGAAACGUUAGGCUCGAGUGUUUGUCCUGCGUUCUACUCGAAUUGAUUUUCCUGCUCUGUUCUCUCCUGAGAUGAGAAACAGUUCUACAGCAGCAAAGGUUAGUUAUUAUCCUUCCAAAGGUGUCAGACUCUAACCCUUGUAAAUGUCUCGUCACUACAGAAGCUGUACAACAUGACAGCCACAGAUACCUGGUUUCAAGCUUUUAUUUAUCAGUGAAAGAGUAACGAUUAAAUGAUCAUUACAGUGUCCACUAGUGUGAAGGAAAUGCAUAAGUCUUUAGGGUUAUUAAGUAUAAUUUAUUAUCAACAUGGAGUUGUUAGUGUAACAUGUUCCUGUUCAGACUGAGCUGGUUUCGAGGUCGGCGCCAAGAAAAAGCUGUUGUGUUCAUUGGUUGCCAGGAAGAAGCCAAUCAGAGGCUGUUGUUGACCAUAAUAUUGUUAAUAAUGGAGCCGAGAGCAGAGUUUUUAUCUUCCUGGGUCUGAGAAUAUAGGUCAAAGGUCACUUGACAGAUGAUUCCAUGUGUCAUCUCAAGGACUGAUCUUCAGAAUUGGAGGUAGCGUCAGGCUGUGCCUCUGUUGAUGUUGCCGUUCACUUGAACUCAUCACAGACUCCAGGAACUUGUCGUCAUAAAUUGCCCUGAAGAAGCAAAAGAACCGCUGAAGUGUCUCAUUUGUAUUGUGCCAUGUGUUCCUGACAUUUGCCUUAUGUUGUUGUGUAUUUAGACAGAUGUCCUUUAUAUUCUGUAUCACUCUGGAGGUGAAGAACAUGGCUGUUGGGUUGCCUUCCAUUUGAUUUACCAACACUCACUGUCUGUUCUCUUCUUCUUUUUCUUUGUUUGCCAAUUGCUGGUAUAAAUAUGUCAAAAACACUUUCUUAAUAAAAAGAUUCACUUUC